GGCAGUGAAUAACGGACUGUUAGACACCUACCAACUGAAAUCCCUGGAUGCUGUCCUGGAAGCUCCUAUAGAAGAAGCUGCUUUAGUGAAAACCAAGCAGGGGAAAAUUAAACUUGUUUUUUCUGCUGGAGAUAUGGAUGAAAAUCUGUUUGAUAACUUUGCUAUGAGAGAUGAUUACGAUGUGGUGAUAAGGUGCACUGGUUGGAAAUUUGAUGAUGAGGUGUUUCAUAAUUCCACUAAACCUGAAAGAGGUCAAGGACGGCGUAAGAAAUUUCCAAAAACUCUCCCAACUUAUGAGUCCACCAACAUCCCUGGUCUGUUUUUUGCUGGCACCAACUCUCACUCCGUGGACUUCAGGAAGUCAGCUGGAGGCUUUAUACAUGGAUUCAGAUACACAGCAAGGACACUGUACAAUUAUCUAGAGCACCGCAACCAUGGUGUUGAGUGGCCGUCUAUAAAAGCACCCAUCACAGAACUUUUGGAUAGGAUACUGAAGAGGAUUAAUGAAGCCUCUGGAAUAUAUCAAAUGUUUCAAGUUCUGGGAGAUGUUAUACUGUUAAAAAAUAAUGGCAGAGAAUUUGAAUACUUGGAAGAGUUUCCAAUCAUGUCCCUUCCAAAAUUUCAUGAAAUAACUGGCAAAACAGCAGAGAAGAUAAUUGUUGUAGUUUUGGAGUAUGGUGCUAACUUCUCCGGUCCUGGUAAUGAUGUGUUCAGGUUGAACAGAGCUACAGGAGAGCCCUCUGAUGCACAUCAGUCCAACUUUCUUCAUCCUGUGUUUUAUUAUUAUGAAACUUUACCCACAGAAAAAGAUAUGAAGAAAAAGGGAAGUAAGACAUUGCCAAAACCUGUUCAUUUACACCAUAUUGUUGAGGAUUUUCUAACCACAUGGGAUGCACCCCUCAGCCACAUUCUGCCAUUGCGACAGUUCUUAGAAAGAUGUAUUGGUACUGACAUGAGGAAGUACUUUGCCAGUUCUUGUUUCACUCUGGCCAUGACACAUCAGACAUUACCAUUGAUGUGCCAGGAGAAAUAUAUGCAAGGUCAAGGUCUUGUUGGAACUGAGGCUCUCUUGCUCAGAGCACGCAUAGCAUCAUUGUUAUAACAGCUGGAAUAUGAUCUGGAAAAAAGGGCAUAAUUUUUGCUGUAGGCAAAUAACUGAAGAAUUUACAAGUAAAAUAUUUUUCUAAAAAUUGAUCUUACAUUGGUAAAAAUUAUUAUAUUUUUCAUUUUCAUAAGACCCGGUCUCACUGGCAUUUAGGAUGAAUUUCGCAUGAAUUGCGAACAAAAUUGGUUGAUAUUCGCUAAACAUCUGCAAUAUUCGUGAUACAUGCUUGUAUCAUUCGGUCAGCAUCUGCAUAUGUCCACAAUUAUCCGCAGAGACACUUUUUCUGUUCCCUAGAUAUUUGAGCUGCCGAAAAUUUCUGUUGCAUAUGAUUUGUGAACAUCUGCAAGGACAUCUGCUUUUAUUUGUGACACACAAACAAUAAUUUAUUAAUUUGUUUGUAAUUCAUACUGUUCUUAUCAGCACACUAUUGUGGAAAAUGUAUCAUUUUUGGUCAAUUCUGUUUUGGAUGACAAUGAAGGCCCAAAUCCCAAGAAAAUUUGUAACCUCAAUUCAUCCAACCUCAAUUCAUCUUUUCGUCUGUGUGACCAGGCCUAUAUAGCAGAUAGACUUAUUAACUUGUGUUUGGGAAACUGUACAUUUGGUACCAAAAGCCCAUCAUUUUAAUUUUUGUUAAUUCCCACACUUGGAACUAGCAGUAUGCCUGUUCCUAAAUGUAAAUGAAAAUAAAAAAAAUACCAAAGAUAAGUUAAAAUAUAGAAAUGUAUCAUUCAAAGGAUUCCUAAAUGGAAUCUUUAUGCAAUUUUUUGUUCUGUGUUUUGUAUUUUUCUUUGUGCAGCUGAGGUUUCUUUACUUUAGACAGAGCUUUGUCAGGGCCAGCUUGUGAAUUCUACACAGAUAGUUUUGAAAAUGGUAUAAAUAAGAAAUUUUGUUUGAGCUUUUCCUUUAAAGGCCAACAAUGAGCAGACCUUUAUAGACAAUUAAUGUAAUAUUACUGGAAAUUUUCAAUGUCUACAAUUGUUCACAGAAUUACAAUCCAUGUAUUCUUUUUUGAGUUUUUGAUUCUCUCUCCAAAUAGAGAU